AAAAAAUGUUUGUAUUGUAACUAAAACAAUUAUGAAAUCCAUAUUUUAUGAAUAAAUAUACAAACAUGGGUACAGAAAAGUUAUUAUUCAGACUGGAACAGCCCCAUGGGAUUGGAGAUAUUUAUAUAGCAUGGCAGAAGGGUUCCGGAAUGUAUUUAGCGACAACGGGUAUCGAUUCCAUGGUGAAUAUAUUCGAUCGUUAUGGGGAAAUUCAGGAAAGAAUAAGAUUGCCCAGUUUAUGUACUGGAUUUUCUUGGGAUUCUGACGGAGACGUUCUGGCCGUCAUUUGCCAGUCUUCGCAACUAGUGUUGUGGGAUGCAAAUACAAUGAAAAAAAGUGUAAUUGAUGCAGGGCUGAAGGAUUUUAUGUCUUGCUUGAUUUGGGCUAAAAACACCCCUGUCUUAGCAAUUGGAUCUUCUAAAGGAAAUGUGUCCAUUUACAAUCAUAAUACUUCAAAACGAAUUCCUAUCAUAGGGAAACAUACAAAGAAGAUAACAUGUGGUGCUUGGAACACUGAAAACUUAUUGGCAUUAGGAUCGGAUGACAAAACGAUAUCUAUAAGUAAUAUAGAUGGUGACACACUAAGGGUAGUAAGUUUGCGAGCGGAACCAUUAGAGAUUCAGUUUUCUGAAAUGAAGACAGAUGAAAGAGUUGGCGAAAAUACAAUUAGUUUAAUCGUUGGAAGAAAAACGUUAUAUUUGUAUAACUUAUUGGAUCCAGAGAAUCCCAUCGAAUUAGCAUUUCAACAACACUAUGGUGCGAUUGUAAAUUAUAAGUGGUUCGGAGACGGAUACAUUUUAAUAGGCUUCAGUGGCGGGUUCUUUAUAGCUAUAUCUACGCACAUCAAAGAAGUUGGACAGGAAUUGUUUCAAAUACGAAACCAUAAAAAUUCACUAACGGACAUAGCUAUUUGUGAAGUGACAAGUAAAGCGGCAUCUUGUGGGGAUAAUUCUAUAAAAAUCCACGACUUGUUAAAUUUACAAGAAACCUCGUGCGUUUUGACCCUGGCGCAAGAAAUAGGAAUAGACCGCAUAAAUUGGAGCACUGACGGACAGUUAUUGGCAGCUUGCACCAAAGGCGGUUCUUUGAACGUCUACGUGUCACAUAUGACUGUUUUAACGGCCGUGUGCCCGCCUCGCAUUGCCAUCUUGUCCAGUUUGACAGAAGUCAGCCUUUACAAUUACACGUCAGACAAAAUGAAAUUACAGCCGGUAGCGAUUUCUCUGGAGAUCGAACCGAGUUUCAUUGCGGUUGGACCUUACCACCUUGCCGCGGGUAUGAACAACAGGGUUUGGUUUUACGAUUUGACCAAGUCGCAGCCCGGCACUGACGACGCACCUUUGAAGCUCAAAGAUCGGCAGUACCUUGGUGCGGUAACAAGCGCGAGGCUCAAUACGGAAUACGCUUCCGUGCUGUUCGAGGGAAAAUUAUUGUUGCAUAUGAUUGAACUACCGGAGGUAAGUCAGGAAGAUAAAGAAAGCAUAACGUUCCCCGAUAACCAAAAUGAAACCGCCGUUAUAACGUGUCACGAAUUAACGACAGAUUUCCUGAUUUAUGGGUCCGAUAUGGGGCAUAUCGUCUACUUUCAUGUGGAGGAGUGGGCAAGAGCGGUAGAAUACAAACACAGCGUGGGUAUAACGGACAUUUUUGUUGACCCGGCAGGCACGCGAGUGGUUUUUCUGGACGUAAAGUCAAAGGGAUAUGUAUUUAACGCAGUUACGAACGAAGUGAUUCCCGUGUUAAAUUUGCCGAAUAAGGUUUUGGGUGUGACGUGGGAGAGCAACAUCGCAGAUCGGGACAUUUUUAUCGUAUACGACAAAAACGAAAUCUUUACUUUCGUCUACGUCAGACUGUCCACGGGUGGUUCUUUCGUGAAAAAAGUUGGUCAGACCUUGCUGGUAUCCAAACAAACUCCGCUGUUAAUGUGCGGCGGAGAGGUUAUGUCCGCUACAUCGGGAGGGCAAGUCACUCAACUCAUGUUGACGUCGCACGAUUCCACACAUAUCGGACUCGCCGAAAAGGAUCAGGCUGUACUGGAAGCUAACUUUAACAAACAACUUGCUUUGCACAGGUUUAACGCUGCCUUUGAUACCUGUCGUACCUUGAAAAACAAGAAGUGUUUACUUAAAUUAGCCGAGGAAGCGUUACGAUGUUUGGAAAUUGAAAUCGCGAUAAGGGUUUAUAAAGAACUAGAAGACGUAGCGAUGGUCAACAACCUAGAAAAUAUAUCAAACGUAGAGGAUUACAAGUUGUUGUGCGGUUUUAUAACGAUGUUCUUGAACAACUACGACAAAGCGCAGGAGUGGUUCUUGCAGUCUAGUCACCCCGCCGCCGCUUUGGAGAUGCGACGGGACCUUCUACAGUGGGACCAAGCGUUGCAGCUCGCCAAAAGGAUGGCUCCCGAGCAAAUCGCUAUGAUUUCCAGGGAAUACGCGCAACAGUUGGAAUUCAUUGGCAAUUAUUCGGAAGCGCUGAGACAUUACGAAAAGGGCUUGCAGGAGAACUUAAACACGGACCACACUCUGGUAUGCAAGGCGGGCAUCGCGCGGACGAACCUGCAUUGUUCCAACUACCGACACGGGAUGUCGAUCGCGAUAGAGCUCGACAAUAAGCAGCUCUUGAGAGAAUGCGCCGAGAUACUAGAAAAGAAGAAGCAGCUGUCGGAGGCGGCGGUGUUGUUCGAGAAGUGUAACCAGCACGACAGGGCCGCUUCCAAUUACAUAAAGCUGAAAAAUUGGAAUAAAGUGGGGGAGUUGCUUUCGAGCGUGUCGUCAAAUAAAAUCCAUUUGCAGUACGCCAAGGCUAAAGAAGCGGAGAAGAAGUACGAAGAGGCCAUUAGGGCGUACCAGAAGGCCAAAGAUUUUGAUUCCGUCAUACGGUUACACUUGGAGCACUUAAACAAUCCGGAGAUUGCCGUGGAGAUGGUGCAAGAGACGAGGAGCAUCGAGGGGGCUAAAUUGGUCGCUAAGUUUUUCCAAGGGCUUAACGAUAUAUCGUCCGCGAUUAGGUUUUUGGUAAUGUCAAAGUGCAGCGACGAGGCAUUUGAUCUGGCAAGAAAAAAUGGUAAAAUGCCCCUUUACGGCGACAUAUUACUAGACACUUUUUCCGAAGAUGAAAUAAAACCCCAGGACUUUGGUAGAAUCGCCACAUAUUUCGAGGGUGAACGGGACAGUUUGCUAGCUGGGAAAUACUGGUUCCACGCCCGUGACUAUCAAAAGGCGAUGAAACAUCUACUGAAAGCGGCCAAGUCGAAUUCGAGGGAAAAAGAGGCAAUCGCCACCGCCAUAGACGUCGUGGCCUCGUCCAACGACGAUUCGUUAUCGAACGCCCUCAUAGAAUUCCUCCUAGGCGAAACCGACGGGUUACCGAAAGACCCAAAGUACCUUUUCCGGUUGUACAUGGCCAGGAAACAGUUCAGGGAAGCCUCGAAAUCCGCCAUAAUCAUAGCGAACGAGGAACAAAUCAACGGGAACUACCGAAACGCGCACGACGUACUGUUCGCGAUGUGCCAAGAACUGAAACAGAACGGCAUCAACAUCCCGUACGAGAUGUACACGAAUUUAAUGUUGCUGCACAGCUACAUCCUCGUCAGGCUGCACGUCAGACGAGGGGACCACUUGAAGGGGGCAAGGAUGUUGAUUCGAGUGGCGAAUAACAUCUCGAAGUUUCCGUCUCAUAUCGUGCCCAUUCUGACGUCGACCGUAAUAGAAUGUCACCGGGCGGGUUUAAAACACGCGGCUUACAAGUACGCCACCACUCUAAUGAACCCCGAUUAUAGGAAGAACGUGGAUCCGAAGUACGCGAAGAAAAUCGAGGCGGUUGUUAGGAAACCUCCUAAGAACGGUAAAGACGGCGAAGUCGUCGGCGACCCUCCCGAGGCCUUCACUCCUUGUCCUUACUGCGAAAAUAUGUUACCAGAGACCGAAGUUACUUGUAACGGUUGUAAGAACAACGUUCCGUUCUGUAUAGUAACGGGUCGACAUAUUGUGAAUGCCGACCUUACGGCGUGCCCGGAAUGUGAUUUUCCGGCGCUGAGGACCGAGUUUAUCGAGGUUUUAGACAGCGAGGAGCAGUGUCCUAUGUGUUCGGAAAAGGUAGACUCGAGAAGGUUAAUGAAAAUCGAAAAUACAAAACCGUACUUAAACGUAGAAUGAAGUGUCAGUUUAUGUAUUUAGGUUUUUUUUUAUUAGAUCUCAUUUGUUGCACUUUAGUGUGUAAGUGAUAGAACUUUAUUAUCCGUCCAGUACAGGGUGGCCCAUUUCGGUUGCGAUCGGAGGGUACAGGCUGAACCGUGAUUCAAAGGCUAUAUACAGGGUGUUCCUAAGUAAGUGUCGCAACGGAA